CAGUUCAUUUAUUGCAAGAUGAAGUUCAAGUAAGUGCUCUUUUUUAAAAAAGAAACUACACAGUUUCGGCCUUAUUUGACGACUCACCUAAGAUUACGAGCCAUGCUUGCUACGUUUUUAUGGCAUGGACUCAUUUAGGUGUAGUCUAUUUUGUAGAAUAUUUCUAAUCGCUUUGUAGUCCUUCUGUGUCUUCUUCUCGUCGCACUACCCGCAAGGCUCACUUCACGGCCCCUUCUCACAUCCGCCGUGUGAUGAUGUCCUCUCCUCUCUCUGAGGCGCUCAAGAACAAGUACAACGUCAACGCUAUGCCCGUUGUGAAGGGAGAUAAGGUGAAGAUCCUCCGUGGUUCCUACAAGGGUAAGGAGGGAAAGGUCACCGAGGUCUACAGAAAGAAGUGGGUGAUCCACGUCGAGGGAAUCAACCGCGACAAGGUCAACGGAUCCAGCGCGAAGGUGGGCAUUGAUGCUUCCAAGGUGGAGAUCAUCGAGCUCAAGCUGAGCAAGGACCGCAAGGCUAUUCUGGACCGCAAGAGCCGUGCUGCUGGAGAGAAGUAUACCGAAAAGGAAGUUGCUAACCUUGAUUAAGGGAUAGUGUCCGAUGAAGUGGUAUAUUCGU